GAAAUUCAUAAAUUAUCCUAAAUAGCUUAAUAUUUAUAUAGGAAUAUUGUUAGUUGCAAAAACUUGAAAAUUGAAAUAAUAUAAUUGUUUGUAAAUACUGACGUCUGACUCCAAACGAGUCAUCGAACCCGAAAUCGGCUCCCGUUCGCAGAUGCCCGCUGACCGUGCGGUUCUAAUCAGCCCUUUAUAACUACUUUUUUUAUAAUUGCCAGUUAAGUAAAUAUAGUCUGUCAAACAACUUUGUCAGAAGAAAAAGGCGCAAAAUUAAUUUUUUCUAACUUACCCUUCCCAUCUACAUUUUUUUUAAAUUUGUCGGUUUUUUUACUGACGGAAAUGGCUUGACAGAUUGUUGCAACGAAUUAAAUUGCAAAGAUGCGAUUGCGAUUAUCGGAGACGUUUGAAGAGGCUAUAAAGUAGAUUUUAAAAAAAUAGGCUGGUCACAUUGGCAGAUGUCAAGUUUGACAUUUGUUAUUUUGUCACAUUUCCAACAGUUCACACUGUCAGAUUCUUAAAGUUACCGGUCGCAAACUGCUUAGUGGUUACCCUGCUUACAAUACAGUUUUCUUACUUUCUUUUCCGUGUGACUGAUGUAAAUAGUUGUGAUAGUGUGUAAAUUAACAAUUGAGUAUAUAAAAUAAAAUUAGUCUACAUCUCUGUUGGAUAAAGUGAGCAGAAAUAAAACGACAACAGCUGGUUUUCUUGGACGUAAUAAGGAUGACAACAUAUUCCAUAAGCCUGGAUGACGUGGAUCUCGCGCUGCUGCCUCUACCCACACACCCUUACAACAACUUCCUGAAGAAAGAACACUACCAGUUCCAAGUGAUGAAGUCAGUACCAGAGUCCGCCACUCAAUACACGUGUCACAUAUGUGCAAUCGAAGUGCCGGUAGCAUUCGCCUACGAGCACGCCGCGAGCGUUAAACAUCGAGCGAACGUUCGCAUAGCGAGCGUAGCGGCGGAGCGAAUGCGGGCGUUCAUCUCCGCUCUGCCCCCUCCAUUCGCCAAACCAGCUGGACGCUUUUGUUCGAGCUGCGCGACAGAAGUGGAUGAAGGCCACGAAAAAACGAAGGAACACCGCAACGCUACGAUACUUGAUAACCUUUUAUGGGAUCUGAUGAAAGUAUACGUUCAAGAUGAAGACGAAGAAAUAUUUGAUAAUAAUAAUAAUAAAACAUAUGAAAAUAAUGAUAGCGGAAAAAUUAAUGGAUUGAAAAACGAUGUAAACUUAAAAGAAGUCAGUGGAGACAAUAUAAAUAACUCAAUGGUUUCGAAAUGUACAAAGAACAAUCAACCAACAGAAGUUAUAGAUGAAGUAACAGAUGAGGGAGACCAAAUUGAGAAAAAUAGUGAAACCACUGAUAUGAUUGAGGAAUGUAGUGAAGAUGAGGAAUCAAGCACUAACGGAACUGAAUACAAUCAGUCUUUAAACGUCGAUAUGUCUAAAAAUAUCGCAUAUAAAAGUACGGCAGAAAAAGCCACUAAUGUGAACUAUAUCGAACGUUAUCAAGAAGAACUACGCCAAUUUUUAGAUGAGAAUGAUGAUUUCGAGUAUCAAGAAUCAUUUAAAAUAAAUAUUAAGUUAAAUGAGUAUAAACUAACAAACAUUCGAAGUGAACAAUUUCACGGUUAUGAAAAUAUAUUAUUUAGUAAUAAUAUAAAAUGCAUAGUCUGCGACUGCGUUUUAGAUUAUGAGGAUGCAGAACACCAUAAAUAUGAUUUUGAACAUUUAUGCAGAAUCGUAAACUUUGGAAGCGAUGGCAAUUAUGUUAGAGAGAUUAACGAAAGUUACAGCCAUUGUAUUUUAUGCAACGAAAAAAUGAAAAACGUAGACGUUGUAACACAUAUUGAGUCUAAGGGACACUACUUAAACGAAUUGCGUUACAGUAACACUCGUGAUAUUAAUAGAGAAAAAUCCAAAGACGCCAUAACUGGAACGCACAUUAACGGAAAUAGUAGUCAAGCCAAUGAAAAGAAUACAAGCAACCAAACUGUGGGUGCAAUAAAACCAAUUGAGAAAAAUGUUGAUUCUAUUGAACAUCCAUAUGAAGUAAUAGCCAUGGGCAAAGUACGGUGUGUGGUUUGCGAAUGCCAAGUGCCUAGCGGAGUACAUAACAGAGAAGAACAUCUUAAAGGGCUAAGACAUCGUACUACGGUUCUUAACAAGAAGCAUACAACGGUAGAAAAGAAUACUGGAGAAACAAGCAGUAACUAACAAUAUCGUAAAGCCAGUAAAAGAUUAUGGAAAAGAUACUUUUUCGAGUUUAAAGAAAUACCGGAGUGGGAUGGGUUUCGAUUGCGGCUGGAUAAUGACAUAUUGGAAACGUUCAUAGUACGAUUUAACAGCUUUUAUCCUGGGAAGUGGAAGUGUCAAGUUUGUAAUUGCUAUGUCGAUGAUGAUAGCGUAGAAGAACAUAAAUAUGAUUCGGAACAUCUUCGUAAAGUCAUUAAUUUAGAAAAUGAUGGACAUUUUGUGAAAAAGUAAACAUUUACGUUUUGUGAAAUAUUUUACGUGAAGUAUUUUAUUUUAACUUUUUGCAAAGGUAUUGAAUCCUAUAAAUAUUGUAACAUAAGUAGGUAGACUUACAUGGAAAACAGUUUCAUAUCAUUAUUAAAUAAUAAUCUUUUCUUAACUAUUGA